AUGGCGAAAGGAUAUACCCUUCCUUUUCUGGAGUAUCUCAAACUGGGUUUCGAGAGAAUGGAUGAACAGGCUGUAAUUGAAAAGAUCUUCGAGAUGGUGGAACUCCCAUCCCUGCAAUCCCUCGCCCUCUACGGCCCGUCCACUACCUUGCUCCAGAUACGCCCUCACAUCCUUGGCAAACUUCGCCACUUGGACAUAAAGGCGACGACAUAUCAAGACGGCCAUUUCAUUGUUCUCAUGAAAGAGCUUCAAAACAUUCGUAAACUAGCAACGCCGCUUCCUCCGUUGUGUGAACUCGACGCUCUGGCUCGUGGCGAGCUUCGAACGAGACGUGAUCAAGAAGUCUACCUGCCGAAACUUGAGCACCUCCGUCUUUAUUAUUCCAACGCACUAUGGCACUCAGAUGAUUUGACGCGCCAGGAAUCUCGAGACCGACGUAUCAGUUACGUUGAUAUUUUUCACUCUAUUGCUGAAUCGCGCUGUGAGAUGCCACGACAUGGGCCCGGAUUAAAUAGGUUUGAGCGGUUGAAAUCGUUCAGGCUCGAGCUUCCUAGUAACCAGACCAGGAGAGAAAUGCAAUGGCAGCUCAACGAGCGAGCGUCUCCGGGAAGCAUAUCUCCGGGCCUGCUCAAGAGCUCGACGGCUUUGAAGGCCCGGGAAUGGGAGCUAAUGCGUCUCAUAACAGGAAGGAUGUUAAGUGGGGAUGAGCAAGUAUGGAUGCAACCGAAUAUACAGGACAAAAUGGAUAGCUGGUUCACCGAAAUAGAGAAUAAAUUCAAAAAGAUCAAGGAUAUCAGGAAGGUCAACCUAUCAGAAUUGCAUUAUGCACUCUACGCGUUCCAAAUGCUCCCGCUCCGCCAAAUCGAAUAUCCGCCAAAACGAGAGACAGUAAAAAAGCUUAGGUUGCAGUUCCGAUGUCCAGGAAGUAGCGCAGAAGACUGGAGACUGGAAUAUCUUUCAAGUGAUAGAGCUGUCCGCCGCGAAUCCUUUCAGAAAGAGAAGCUUCGAUCCAAGAUGUACGGUUUCCUCGACCAAGCGCUCGAACAAGGUUGGGAUUUGGAUAGACUCCUCUAG